UGUAAUCAAAUCCAGCAUUUGUGAAAGGAACAGAGAACAGAAGGCAAGCUAGAGGACAUAAUGUAUUGACAUAUAAGUCUUUAUUAGCAAUUUUAGCUCUCAGUGCCUUCCAGUAGAAUAGCCACACUUCCAGACCAGAAUGUGACAUUUCAAGACUUUCAUUUCACCAUGAGUUGUCCUUCCUGUUCAGCCUCGUGUCCUUUGUGCCACCUUGCCAAUGCCAUACUUUCCUAAAUCCAAAGCUUAUCCCAGCCCCAAAAAUCCAGGGGAGAAGUUGCAGCCUGAGCCCCACAGGUCCUGCUACAGGCUCAGAGAAACCUCUGGGGAGCAGGAGCUGAAAGGCUCUCCACCAAUGCAACCCACCAACUGACACACAAACUGAUCCAAAGUGGGUCAGUUCUUUGUUUCUUUUUGCCUGAAAGGAUGCUCCUUCUUGGGUUCCACAACAAUAUUAAAAUUAUUGUUUGAAAAUAGGGGAUGCUCUCAAUGAGCUGCAUGGAUAGUUCUCUGGUAUGGCAAAAGUAUGUAAAUAGGAAAACAACAGCUCUUAAGUCCCUGCUACAAAGCAUGUCAUAUAAACACCUGAGCAUCAUAAAUAAAGAACUAGCAUAAUUUUUCAUUAGAAGGAAACAGUAUCUUUUAAUCAGUCUUGUUGUCAGACACUGUCAAAGUAUCGUGCUUAGAGUUUUUAGAAAAUAUACAGUCUGAGACAGGCAAAUCAAAUUUUUAAAGAUAACUGAAAGUGUUGUAAUGUUGACAACAUUACACAACAUUAUACAAAACUGAAAGGAGGAAGUGAAAUAGUGGGUAAUCUUAAAAACAGCUCAGUGCUAUUAGCUCCAUUUGUUCCUUGACCAUAAUAAACAUUUCCUUCACUUUGCGUCCUUCUUUUUAUGCAAGAAGCCUGGCUUUAGCUUACUUCAAAUUGCUUCAUCUUUGCAUAUGCUAGUGGCUUGUGCCAGAAUAGAUUUAUGACAUGCUUCUGUUUUCUGGAUAUUUAAGAUUUACGUCAUCCUGUUGAAGAGAUUUUCCCAGCAGGCUGUGAACCAGUCAGACCAAGCAUGCAGCCACUUAGUUGGGAGAAUUGGUGUGGGAUGAGUCAGUACCACGCUGUGUCUGCAGCCUGCUCCUGUUGGUGAUGAGGAAGUGGCUCCUGUGCUGUAUCACCUCCGAGUCAUGCAGUCCAGAACACGGUGAGCUGCUAACAUGCUGGUCUGGGAUAUAAUUUUCUUUCAAAGAUGAAUCUCCUAUGGUUAGCACUGAAGAUAAUAGUUGUUAUUCUGCACAGUUCUUUCUGGAGUGAACAGCAAUAGCACCAACAGCAAACUGUAAUGGUGGUGAAGAGGAUCAGCUGCCUUUUGAGAUGGUCUUUAAAAGGAAGAAGUGCCACUCAACCAGCAGAAAACAAAUGAGUGUCAAGAGCAGACUUCUACCCAGCAUGAAGUGACAAAGUUAAGAGAAGAGCUCUUCCCAUCUAGAAAAUGGAAAAUCAGUCAUAAACAUACCUCAGAAUUAGGAAAAACAGUACCUGUGCUGCAUACCUACGUGUAUUUGAGACUCUAGUAAGGAUGCAAUUGUUGUGUGAAUCCGUAAAUGGCUCUUGCAUAAGGAGCAUCUGGUCAGACAACAUCCGCAUUUCCAUGUACAUCUUCAUGGUUUGCAUUAUUCUGGCCACAGUGGUUGGAAAUCUGACAGUUAUCAUCUCAAUAUCACAUUUCAAGCAGCUCCACACGCCUACAAAUUUCCUGAUACUUUCAAUGGCUACCGUAGACUUCCUGCUGGGGCUCUUCGUCAUGCCUUGCAGCAUGGUGCGCUCUGUUGAGCACUGCUGGUAUUUUGGGGAGCUCUUCUGCAAGAUCCACACGAGCACUGACAUUAUGCUGAGCACAGCUUCUAUCUUCCAUCUUUCCUUCAUCUCCGUCGACCGUUACUACGCUGUGUGUGACCCUUUAAGAUACAAGUCAAAGAUAAACACUUUUGUCAUCGUGGUCAUGAUGUGUAUAAGCUGGAUGGUCCCUGCUGCUUUUGCUUUCGGGAUGAUCUUUCUAGACCUAAACAUGAGAGGGGCAGAAAAGGUUUAUAAUCAUGUCCACUGUGCCGGAGGAUGCUUUCUCAUUUUUAGUGAAACUUCAGGUAUUGUGGCCUCCACAGUGUCUUUUUACAUUCCUGGAUGUGUUAUGCUGUACAUCUAUAGGAAAAUAUACUCUGUAGCCAAGAAGCAGGCAAGAUCCAUCGAUGCAAUUAGCAGAAAAAAAAUGCAAUUUGAAAUGAAGCACCACAUUUCAUUCUGCAGAGAAAGAAAAGCUGCUAAGACUUUAGGCAUCAUAAUGGGAGUGUUUCUCAUCUGCUGGACUCCAUUCUUCUUCUUUACAGCUACCAAUCCAUUUAUGAAUUAUGUGAUACCUCCUGUUGUCAUUGAUGCUUUGGUUUGGUUCGGCUAUUUAAAUUCCACACUUAACCCAAUUGUUUAUGCAUUUUUUUACAUGUGGUUUCGCAGGGCAUUGAAGAUUAUUCUGUUUGGAAAAAUUUUUCAACCAGAUUCUUCCAGGACUCAUUUGUUUUCAGACUAAUAUGUUUUAAAUGGUUGGUUUCAUGGCUUUGAACUUUUGCCUGGAGGCUGAACUCCCAGAUGUAAGAGCUGGGAAGGAAGAAACACCUAUUUGUUUGCCUAUUUACCAAAUUUAGUUCAAACAGAUAAGCAAUUGUGCUUUACAUAUUCUUUCAUUCCAGAUUAGGUUUUGUAUGCAGUGUUUUGAUUGUAUCUAUUUAUUUGCAAUGCACAAAAGAGCGAGAUCUCCAUUUUCAAACUUAUAGCAGUUUAUAUCCCUGAUAUUCUUAAUAAAAAAACUAUUGAUACAAUAUUUGUGUUCUCCUCUAGAAAGAGCAGAAAAGCCUUUUCCUUUGAAUUUCUUGGCAUCCUUGGCUAAUAACCCAAUCCCCUUCCAUAUGUGUGCAGAGCUCAAAAUAGGCCAAUAACCAGCCAUACCAGCACAUUCCAUGGAGAGAAGGUGAGGCAGAGAAAAGUUGUGCUGCUCUUUCUGUUUCCAUUUCAACUAGUCACUUGUCACGUCUGAGUUUGUCACUUAAAGGCUUUGCUGCUUAAUGAGAUCAAAAGCAUGUUUAACAAGAUCAAAGACAAGAAAAAAAUAUGAAGUAUGAAGUGAAAAGCAAUUGCAAAAAAGCUGCAUUGCACCUGAGAAUGCCAAAAUAUUAUGUCUAUCUGUUUAGAUGUAAAACAUUAUUUGCUACUUUGCAUCUUAGAGGACUUUUUUUCAGCUUGAAUAUGUUAUUUCAUCUCAUGCCAAUCCUGUAAGAACUUUCUAGGAAAGCAUACAGAGAACUGUGAAGAAAUCCUUUGGUUGAACUCAGCUGGAUUAUGAAGGAACAGUACUGGGAGUGGGCAGGAAAUGAUCAGUAUCUGAGAAGAGAACAUGGAGAGAAAUUGAUGACUCUGUACUAAAGUAAGAGCUAUAUUCAGCAGUAUGUCCUCCACUAGUGUUCCCUGUAAGAGUGCUUUGUAUCUAUAUGUUGUCUUUGUCUUCUGUACUUUGUAGAGCACUGAAGCAAGCUAUGCUGAAAAGCUUAAAAGUUGAAUGAUAAUACAUUUCAGCAGGGCAAAAUAUCAGAAUCUGAAAUUGUGUAUUUUACUGUUUCAUUGCUGUCUUGUAAAGUUUGCCCUCCUAAAAAUGACAUAAAAAGGAACAAUGAAAGUAUUCCACAUCACCACUUCUACCCUGGAUCCGUGCUAAUGACAAUAUGACUACUUUAAUACUUAAUCUCACAAAAAUAAAGCAAGAUUUACAAAAGUCUUUCUGAUAAAUGAUGGGUAAUUAUUUUCUUCCUUCAUCUCCAGUGAGUCUGGCCCUGCUGUAGUUAAUAUUCACAGAAUCACAGAAUCACAAGGUUGGACGAGACCUUCA